GAUCUCGGAUAGUGCCGCACCCCUAGUAUGCCGCCCUCACACUCGAAGCAGUGUCCUUCUUAGGUGAUGCCGUAAUUGCAUUAAAGUUUGACGGAUGUUCGGCCAAUGUUCGGCGGCGCCCAGGUCCCGAAGUAAUUGUGAGCUCACUGGUCUGCUCACAUGUGCUCACAUGUGCCCUUAUGUGCCUUGAUCAACGUUGACUCAGUGGGUGCUGUGACUGUUAUGCCAGGCUUGGUAUAUCUUUGACCUUUAACUUAUCACAAAUUGGUUUACUCGAUCUGAUAUCGCGGAUCAAGUAGACACCUACCAGUGUGGUCUCGCCCUCUCUUUGUGACUGUCGUCAGCCGAUUUCUAUACACUGCUUCUCAGCUCUAUGUCUUUGAGUCAAGCCGCAUCCUGCAAAGGCAGGAAAAAGGCAUUGCUCAUCGCCGUGAGGAACGUGGUAGGGAUCGAAGUUUCGCUCCCCCGCACGCACUAUGAUGCUCAAGAGCUCAAAGAACUUCUCAUUGAUCAAUAUGGCUACGCUGAUGAUGAUGUCAUACUGCUGGUGGACGACCGCAAACUAGACAAAUCGCUUUGGCCUUCUAAAGCAAAUAUUUUCAAGAGGAUCAAAUGGCUCGUAGAAGAUAUUGGAGAGCACGACCGACUGGUAUUCUACUACUCGGGUCACGGGGGCCAGACUAUAUGCCGCCAUGAUAGCGAAGUUGAUGGACAAGAUGAAGUUAUAUAUGGAUUCAAUGGCCGCAAGAUUAUCGACAACGACCUCAAACAACGACUGGUGGAUCCGGUGUUGAGAACGAAGGGUUGUCAUUUGUUUGCUCUGUUCGAUUGUUGCCAUUCAGAGACUAUCCUUGACCUCAAGCAUUGUAACUGCUGUUCUCGAUUGCUGUCGCCAGUCAAAUCUUUUAUCACCUCUAGCCAGGAAAGCAACACGGAUGCAACUCGAACCCCUCCCCUUAAAAAGUGGUUAUGGUUUCCUAAAGAGUAUCGUACUCUUCCGGUCAGCAUACCACGGCUGAGCAAAAACGUCCUGAUACCAUCUCCGUGGUCCGUCAUUGGGCUGGCAAAUCGUACCAUGGGGCAUCUUUACAACCGCAUCGCGAGAAUACUGAAGGUUUUUCUCAAGGGCACACCAUGUCCUGUCAAUGAACCUGUACAAACUGCGCCUGCGAGACAAUCAAUCUUAUGUUGUCUCCCAUCUCGAUUUUCCCAAAUGCUAGAUGCAACAGUACUUGUGCCAUGACUGCAGAAGAAGAGAAUCAAGGUCGUGUGGUGUGCUUGUCAGCAUGCAGAGACAGCGAAGUGGCAACACGACGAUAAUGAGACAGGUGGAACUUUGACAAAGUUUUUUAUGUCUUCGUUG